GCGACUGACGACUUGUUCGUACAUCUUCUCUCCUUCGACAGCAAGUGGCAGUGACUCGGGCCAUCAUGGCGGCAGCCGCUGCGGAAAUUCUUGUGGCAGCCCGGGGUCGGCUGACGCAAAUGACUUUGAACCGCCCCAAGUCACUCAAUGCGUUGACCCUCAACAUGGUUCGCCUCAUGCAAGACGAGCUUCAACGCUUCCAAGCCAGCUCUGACACUGAUGUCAUGGUCCUGGUCGGGGCCGGUGAAAAGGCCUUCUGUGCUGGCGGUGAUGUCGUCCAGGUCGCAAAGAGUGCCAAGGGCCAGCUGGAAGAUGACAAGGAUGUUCUGCACAAGAGCUUCUUUGCCGAAGAAUACAUUUUGGACCACAGCCUGGCCACGUCCAAAAAGCCCGUCGUGGCCAUCGUCGAUGGCAUCACGAUGGGUGGUGGCGUGGGCAUUUCCGUUCACGGCCCGUAUUGUGUUGCCACUGAGCGUACCCUGUUUGCCAUGCCCGAGACUGCCAUUGGUCUGUUCCCAGACGUCGGCGGCUCACAUUUUUUGCCUCGCCUUAGCCCCGGUUUGGGCAUGUACCUGGCUUUGACAGGCGCUCGACUCAAGGGCGCUGAUGUCUUCACGGCGGGUAUCGCCUCGCAUUUUGUCCCAAGCAGCCGCGUCGAGGCUCUGGUCGACGACCUUGCCGGUGCCGCAACGCACGGCGAUGUCCAGACGGUGCUUGGUGACUAUCACGAAGACCCGACACAAACUCCGGUUUUUGCUGAGCAUAUGGAGGAGAUUCGCCGUUGCUUUGAUGUCGAUGCCUUGAAGACCUGCCUUGAGAAUCUCGAUGAGUCAGACUGGGGGCGCCAGCAGCUUGAGACUAUUCAUAGCAUGUGCCCUGCCUCCGUUGCCGUGACCUUUGAGCAGCUGCAACGUGGUGCUGCACUGCCCGAUUUGCGCGAGUGCCUCAAGAUGGAAUACAACAUGGUGCAACACGCUGUGGCCGGCGACGACUUUUACAACGGCGUCAGCUCAAAGUUGAUGAAGGGCCCUCCCGUCGAAUGGUCUCAUGCGCGUGUGGAGGAUGUCACUGAGGCCGACGUUGCUGCCUUUUUCAAGCCUGUUACUCCCCCUCUUCCACUGUAAACUUGAAUUGACAUGUUAGC